AUGGCGUCACCCGCCGCAGAACCCAUGCAGAAUGGCAUCUCAACGCCGCCCGCGACCGCCAACGCACCCACACUCAGCCCACCCACCCAGUCGCAACCACAACCCUCACAACCAACAGCUCAACCAUCGCAACAGUCCAACGGCACAUCCACAACCGCCCCCAUGAACCCCGCCUUCCCACCAACAUCCCUCUCCGACCCGGGCACCUCCAAACGCCCCCGCGACGCCCGCCUCAUCCACCUCAUCCUCGCCAACAUGGGCGUGCACGCCUACACCGAGCGCGUCCCCCUCCAACUCCUCGACUUCGCCUACCGCUACACCUCCUCCAUCCUAUCCGACGCAAUCAGCUACGAACCGCCUCUACCUACCACCUCCGGCAGCAAGAAACGCGGCGCGAAUGCUGAUGGCAGCGGUGAAGACGCCGUGAGUCUGAAUGCGCUUAGGACAGCUGUGGGGGCAAGGGCUGCGGGCGCGUUUAAUACGUCCUUGGGCAAGGAGUUUAUGAGUGAGGUGGCGCAGGAGAGGAAUCGUAUUGCGUUGCCGAGGGUUGAGCGCGAGUUUGGGAUUAGGUUGCCGCCGGAGAGGUAUUGUUUCACGGGCGUGGGGUGGGGGGUUAAGGGGGCGUGGGAGGAGAGUGUUGAGGAUGAGGGGCAGGAUGAGGAUAUGGAGGUUGAUGGGGAGGGUGCUGGGUUUGCUGGUGGGCCUGUGGGCACGGUGAAUGGGACGGCGGCGGCGGAGACGGAGGCGAAGGAUACGGAUAUGGGGGGCAUGGAGGAGGAUGAGGAGGUCGAUGACGAUGAGUUUGAGGAGGCUAUGGGGAUUAAUCAGGAGAAUAAUGGUUGA